AUGUUAGAAUAUUGGUCUGGAGAAGAUCCUGAAGAAUGGAUUAGAGAUUUUAGGCAAUAUUGUGAAGCAUUUGAACUUGAUUCACUUGCAGAUGCUCAAACCAAAAUAAGAAUUUACAGAUUUUUUGAGACUUGUUUGAAAGAUGAUGUAAAAGAUUGGUAUGAAACAAGUUUCAAGAAUAAAAAUUGGGAAUUGCAAAAUAUUAGUAAUAAUACCAACUUGGCCAAUCUUAGAGCUAUUAAUAAAUUAGCUAACAAUAAUACAUUGCAUAAUAUCAAUGCUAAUCAGUUUGGAGGUGGAGCUCUUCAAAUAAGAAAUAUAGUUCCAGCUGACAACAAUACAAUUGCUAUACCAUUAGUGCUAGCACAUACUGUUUUUGAUGAAGAUUGA